AUGGGAUAUUAAUGCCCUCUAAAUAGUAAUCCUGCAGAUUAUUUCAUGUAAUUAAUGAGUAACUAGGACUAAUAAAUUCUUAAAAUAUUUAUUGAAAAUUAUAAUAAAAAUUUAUUGCCAGAUACUCUACUAUAAAUUGAAGAAUCAAAUAAACAUCUAGAAAGCAGCAACUUAAGUUUACCAUAAAAAAUGGCUAAACUAUCUUUUGCUUAUGAAAUAGGGGCUUUAUUAAAGAGGUAAAUCUUGAACUUAAAGAGACAUAGAUUACUUGUCAAAACUCGUUUUAUACAAGUAAUAAUUAAUGGAAUAAUUACUGGAGCUAUAUACUGGUAGCUAAAAAGAGAUAAUUAAAAUAUGCAGGACUCUCUUUAAAUUGCUAAAUGUUUAUACCUAUUAGCUCUUGGUAUAUUCUACUAAAGCAUGAAUCCCUAAGUUUUAUCUUUUACCUAGGAGAGGCCUGUAUUUUUGAAAGAGUAGUCUUCAUAAAUGUACUCAACCUUCCCAUAUUUCCUUUCUAAGCUUAUCCCAGAACUAUUUUCUUGCAGCAUGUUUGCCGUUUUGAUGUCUUGUAUAGUAUAUUGGAUGAUUGGUUUUGCUCGUACAGCAGAAUAAUUCUUUUUUUUUGUUCUAACUUUUAUUAUUACAACUAAUGUAGGAAAUGUAACUGGACUACUUGCUGGAUCUAUCUUUAAGUCAGCUAGUGUCGCUGUUCCAUUUGCUUCAACGUUCGUCCUUCCACUUUUUUUGUUUGGAGGUGUAUUCAAAAAUAGGAGUACCUAUCCUGAGUGGAUAGGAUGGAUAGAAUAUAUAAACCCUUCAUUUUAUUCAUUCAAUGCUCUUGCUGAAAACGAAUUCUAAAAUACUACUUUCCAAUACAAUCCGAUUUAAAUAUAUCAUUUAAACUUUGGUAAGUGGAAUAGUAUUUUGAUGCUGAUUGUCCUAUAUUUUGCUUUUGCUAUUAUUGCUUAUCUGUGUCUAAGGAGGCACUGUUAAAAAUUAUAGUGA